AUGGUUCGGCUUUUGGAGAUGGCCACUUGCUAUGCUCGCUCGACGCCUUUGUCAGCGGAAGCAGCGAGGUUUCUUCAGGAGCAGGUCAAGAUGAAGGCCUCUGCCUUGGAGGAGAAGGACCAGCUGCUGAAGGAACAGGGCGAGGAACUGGACAUUGUGAAGGCUCGGCUGAACAAAAAGGAGGCUGCUCUGGUGGACGUGCAAGGUCAAUACACCUUGCUCUCCAGGACUCUGUAUGGAACAAUGCUGUCUUCCUCGGUUAGGGAGGCCUCUCUUCGCCGUUCUCAAGCUCCUGCUGAGGAUGAGUCGGAAGAGGAGAAGGCUCUUUUAACCCGGGCAGACUUGAUUCAAUAUAUCAGAGUCUUGGGGAGUGACUGUGUGGCGGCAGCCGAGGAUACCUUUCACUCCACUGUGGCCCAGCUCAAACUGAAGAAUCCGGGGGUGGAGUUGGUGACCGAAGGUACCGGGCCUUACCAUCGUGUGGAGGGCGACCAAAUUGUUUCUCCGGCCUUCGGGGAGGAGCCCGUGACACAGGAAGCCGAGGAGGUCCAAGUUGAGGAAGGUGUAUGA